GACUUAAGUAAUUAAUUAGAUUAAGUAUUUUUUAAUUAUCGGAAAUAGCUACGUUGAUUGAAAGCACAAGAUAACUUGACUUCCCUCCUACCUUAUUGGCGUAAUCGAGAGUUAAAGUCCAGCUCUGUGUUGUUGCAUCGUCUCUUCACUCUCAUUCUCUUUCGAUCAAUCAGCGCCAUCGAGCGCGCAAUUCUUACACCAAUUCUCUUCAUGGCGGUUAUUAUUCCCACUCAACUCAUCUCAAUUUUCUCUCUAAUUCUACACCUUACUUGCUUUGCACCUUAUCUCGUUUUUUCUAUUAACCCUAACAACCUCUUACUCUAUACCUCAAUAACUGAUCGUAAUUCCUCCCGUCCCGCCAUGAUUCUCCCUCUGCAUCUCACUUCACCCGAUUCUUCAAUCUCGUCGUUCAAUCCUCGCCGUCAACUCCAGAGAUCCGAAUCCCAACAUCACCCUAACGCUCGCAUGAGACUCUACGACGAUCUCCUUAUUAACGGAUAUUAUACGACGCGGCUCUGGGUCGGUACUCCUCCGCAGAGAUUUGCGCUUAUUGUUGAUACCGGAAGUACUGUUACUUAUGUUCCUUGUUCUACUUGCGAACACUGUGGUAGGCACCAGGAUCCGAAGUUCCAGCCUGACUUGUCGACAACUUAUCAACCUGUAAAAUGCACACCGGAUUGCAACUGUGAUGGUGAUAAGAAGCAGUGCAUGUAUGAGAGACAGUAUGCUGAAAUGAGCAGUAGCAGUGGACUCCUUGGUGAGGAUGUUGUGUCCUUUGGAAAUCUGAGUGAGCUUCCUCCCCAACGUGCUGUCUUUGGCUGUGAAAACGAUGAGACUGGUGAUCUCUAUAGUCAGGGCGCUGAUGGUAUAAUGGGUUUGGGUCGUGGAGAUCCAAGUAUCAUGGAUCAAUUGGUUGAUAAAAAGGUAAUAAGUAAUUCAUUCUCACUAUGCUAUGGUGGAAUGGAUGUUGGUGGAGGUGCUAUGAUUCUUGGAGGAAUAUCUCCCCCAUCAGACAUGGUCUUUACACAUUCAGAUUCUGGUAGAAGUCCAUAUUACAAUAUCAAUUUGAAGGAGAUACAUGUUGCGGGGAAGCAAUUGCGGUUAAACCCAAAGGUUUUUGAUGGGAAGCAUGGAACUGUCUUGGAUAGCGGCACCACCUAUGCAUACCUACCAGAAGUUGCAUUUCUUGCUUUUAAACGUGCUAUUAUGAGGGAACAUAACUCUUUGAAGCAAAUUAGUGGUCCAGAUCCAAAUUAUAAAGAUAUAUGUUUUUCUGGUGCUGGAAUGAAUGUCUCUCAACUCUCUAAAAGCUUUCCAGUGGUUGACAUGGUAUUUGAAAAUGGUCACAAGUUAUCACUGUCUCCUGAAAAUUACCUGUUUCGGCAUUCAAAAGUACGUGGUGCAUAUUGUUUGGGGGUUUUCUCAAAUGGAAGGGAUCCAACUACUCUUUUAGGAGGUAUCUUUGUCCGUAACACUCUUGUAAUGUAUGAUCGUGAGAAUUCAAAAAUUGGUUUCUGGAAAACAAAUUGUUCUGAGUUAUGGGAAAGAUUACACAUCUAUGAUUCCCCAUCACCAGUGCCUUCAAGUUCAGAAGUAACAAACUUAACCCAAGCAUUUGAACCUUCAGUUGCUCCAUCUCCAUCUUCAUUUCAAUCUCCGUCGCAGGAUAAUAUUGAUCAAGGUGAACUCCAAAUUGCCCAAAUAACAAUUUCCAUUUCAUUUAACAUAAGCUACACGGAUUUGAAGCCUCACAUUACAGAGUUGGCUGGACUCAUAGCUCAUGAGUUAGAUGUUAAUACAUCGCAGGUUCACUUGAUGAAUCUUUCUUCACUUGGAAAUGGGUCCCUCUCUAGAUGGGCCAUAACCCCAAGGCCAUAUGCAGAUUUCUUUUCUAACACCACUGCAAUGAGUAUGGUGUCCCGGCUUUCUGAACAUCGCAUGCAACUCCCAGACACAUUCGGAAGUUAUAAGUUGCUUGAUUGGAACGCUGGGCCUUCAUCAAAACGGACUUGGUGGCAGCAAUAUUAUUGGGUCGUGGCUUUAGCGGGUUUGCUUACAUUACUUCUUGGAGUAUCAGCCUUGGGAAUAUUCUUAGUUUUGAAAAACAGACAGCAAGCAGAGCAUUCAUACAAACCAGUUGAUGUAGCUGUUCCUGAGCAGGAACUUCAACCAUUAUGAGAUACGUUUCUACCGCUGCUGGUUAACAGUUUCCCUCAUUAGUGUGGCUAUUACGAGCAAUUUAUACAAGCACAGUUACUUGCUGUUCAAGAUUUUUAUUUUUAAAAAAACUGGCUGUCUAUUUUGAUGUGUCAAAACCCUGAUAGAUGUACAGUAAGGAAUUUAUUUUAGGCAAAGUGAGCUUAUUUCAUUUCAUCAGCAACAAUACACGAAUUACAACGGAGAAUAGAAUAAUAAUUGCAAGGGAUAGACUCUAAUAUGGAUUCUCUAAAGCUAAAUUAUGUGUAUCUUAUUUGUUUGCCUCAUGAUAAAAACUAAGCUGUAGCCAAGCUAAUGCAGUAAAGAUUAUUUAGAAGUUCUAUCA